ACAAAGAAAACACAUCCUAUGAAAAACCCAACUCUUGUUCUUUUUCUUAUCUUCUCCAUCCUGAUAAUGGCAGAGCAGAAACAAGUGACAAUCUCAGAUGGUGUGGAAGGUGAGACAGGGCAGCAGGGAAGCCGGAGAAUCGGCUCAGGUGCAAAAACCGAGUGGCCGGAGGCAGUAGGACUCACAGCUGAGGAAGCAAAGGCUAAGAUAAAAGAAGACGCGCCUGGACUUAACAUCCAGGUCAUCCCUCCUAACAACUUUGUUACCAUGGAUUACAACACCGGCCGGGUUAGGGAUCUUCAUGGAUGCUACAGGUAAGGUCAAGAAGACUCCAAAGGUUGGCUAGGCUUCCUAUGUUUGUCGAUCCGAUGUCAUCUAAUAAAACACAAAACAAUGAUGUCUAUGUUGGAAGUUUGAGACUAAUGCUUGUAUUGUAUGGUAUGUAGUGUUAUGCUUCUUGGUUUAUAAAAGCAUUUAUGGAAUAAAAAAAAAAAAGUGAAUUUGCUAUUGCAGAUAGAAUAUCUAGUCAUUGAUG